UUAAAAUCAAAGUUUAUUGCUUAAACUAUUAAAAAAAAAAACCCUCAAAACUUACACGUCUGAAAAGUGAGUUGUCAGUCGCCAGUGAAGAAGCAGCUGUUUUGCUUUGCAGUCAGUAAUUUUCAAGGACGCUUUUGAAAGCUGAGCUAUUUGAAAUGUGGGACACUCUUGACCUUGAAGUAUGUUCUACUUACAUGCCUCAGCCUUUAAAAGUUCUUUGCAUUAGAGUCAGGGAUCGCAUUCUUCCUGGAGCCAAGCACCGGGCCAGCCGUGUAAGAACAAGCCGCACUUCUUUUGGGGGAGACUGAUAGAAGUUUAAAAGGUCGGCUGUGGCCAGUGUCAGAGACAUUCCCGGCUCCAUCACGCACCCUUCGAGUCCACCUCUGCCCACUGGAGACCACUUAGAUACCCAAGCGGAGGCGACAGCUGCAUUCAGGAAACCAUGCCUCCCGUCAGCGGGAGCCAACUGCAGACUUUCAACCCUGUUCAACAUGUGGAUGCGGCCGAGAAAUGACCUGUCCGGACAAGCCGGGGCAACUCAUAAACUGGUUCCUCUGCUCCCUGUGCGUCCCGCGGGCGCGGAAGCUCUGGAGCAGCCGGCGUCCCAGGACCCGGAGGAACCUUCUGCUGGGCACCGCCUGCGCCAUCUACCUGGGCUUCCUGGUGAGCCAGGUGGGGCGCGCCUCUGUCCAGCACGGAGGGCCGGCCGGCAAGGGCCCGCACCUCAGCCGCGACUCCGCCGAGGUGCCCUUUCCUGAGAUACCCUUGGAUGGAACGCUGGCCCCGCCCGAGCCCCAGGGCAAUGGGAGCACGCUGCAGCCCAACGUGGUGUACAUCACCCUGCGCUCCAAGCGCAGCAAGCCGGCCAACAUCCGUGGCACGGUGAAACCCAAGCGCAGGAAGAAACACGCGGUGGCUCCUUCGGCCCUGGGGCCGGAGGCUUGGGUUGGACCAUCCUUUCAGCCUCGGGAUGCUGCGGGGGCGGCUGAUGCUGAAGUGCCUGGGCAUGUCCAGGGAGGACACCUGGGGGGGCCACCCUGGAGGGGGAUACAGGGUCCGGGAGUGCGAGGUGGCCGCUCGGACUUCCAGCUGCCCCAGGCCAGGGAGAGCAACAUCAGGAUCUACAGCGAGAGCGCCCCGUCCUGGCUGAGCAAAGAAGACAUCGGCCGGAUGCGCCUACUGGCGGACGGCGCGGUGGCGGGUCUGCAGCCGGCCCGGUCCAGGAGCGGAGCGCGCCUGCUGGUGCUGGAGGGGACCCCGGGGCCCUCCGCGCCCGCCUGCGGCCCCAGCCCCUGUGGCCUGCUCAAACAGCCUGUGGACAUGAGCGAGGUGUUUGCCUUCCACCUGGACAGGAUCCUGGGGCUCAACAGGACCCUGCCCACCGUGAGCAGGAAAUCCCAGUUCAUCCCAGAUGGCCGCCCACGGCCGGUGAUUCUCUGGGACCCAUCUUUGUGUCCGACAAGCAACGAGACCCACUCUUCUGUGAAGCUCACCUGGGGAACUUACCAGCAGUCGCUGAAGCAGAAGUGCUGGCAGAACGGCCGGGCGCCCAGACCCGAGUGGGGCUGUACAGAUGUGCAUCACCACGAGUGGUCCAAGAUGGCCCUCUUUGAUUUUCUGCUACAGAUUUACAAUCGCUUGGAUGCACACUGCUGUGGAUUCCGCCCUCGGAAGGAAGAUGCCUGUGUGCAGAGCGGACGGAUGCCCAGAUGUGACAAGCAGGAUUCUGUGGCUCUGCAGCACAUUGUCCAGCGAAAGCAGGACCCCAGGCACUUGGUCUUUAUAGACAACAAGGGAUUCUUUGACAGAAGCGAGGAUAACUUGAACUUCAAACUGUUAGAAGGCAUCAAAGAGUUUCCCGAGUCUGCAGUUUCUGUUUUGAAGAGCCAGCACUUACGACAGAAACUCCUUCAAUCCCUCUUCCUUGAUAAGGUUUACUGGGAAAGCCAAGGAGGGAGGCAGGGGAUUGAAAAGCUAAUCGACGUAGUGGAACAGAGAGCCAGAAUCCUUCUCACCUACAUCACGGCCCACGGGGCCAAAGUCUUACCGAUGAAUGAAUGACAGAACGCUCUCCCGGCCAGGGGACGGGCUGUUAUGUGUGCCUUUCGAUUUUUGGUUUUGAGUCAAGUCCACAGACCUCAAGCCUUUUUCAGAACGAGGCCAUGGCCAUGAAUGCAUGGAAUCAAUGAAUUGAAUCAAGGGUACAUGGUGAGUGUGAACACUUGAAGCCGACUCGAGAAGCUCUGGAAACCCAUACGGAUAAAAAGAUACUCGUUUACGUUUUCCUUUAACAUCACUGCGCGGGAGUCUUAGCGUCAGAGUGGCUGCACUGGCUGUCCCGUGAUAAAGCACUGGUCACGUCGUGUAACAGGACAGCGUAAACCCGAGGUAGGGACUCCUUCAACAGAGCAGAUCUGAUGCCACUUUGACUGGUCUGACCAAAUGCCCAUGGGAACCAUUCUGGACAUUUUUCUGUUGCUGAUUGUUACAACAGGGCAGUCCCAAGGCUGCCCAGAGACAGCUCUACGGUGGAAAACCGGGGCCAUGAUCCGCAGAAACAUCGGAGCACACGAUAACUCUAGGUGGAAAUGGUGGUUUAUUUGUAAACCCCUCAGUGUAUAUUCUAUUGGACCUACAAAUGACCAGCCAGCUCUGUGAUCCUGAGCAGCAAGCAUCAUUUUCCAUUCCUUCCUAGGCGUGCCCUUUCUUGUCACUAUGGAAACCAUCCACACCUGACAAUUUACACGUUAGGUGUAGUUUUACUCUCUCACUGUUGGUCCAGCUUGUGUCCGAUGGCUUAGAAAUUAAUCGCUUUUCAGGUAUAAAGUUACCUAUGUGAAACUGCACUUAGCGGAUCUCUUUUUUAAAGUGGAUACUGUUUUAAAAUUUUUUGUCAUUUUUACCAAAGAUGUACCAUACUUUCUGUAUAUUUUAUUAAUAAUAGUGGAUCUCUUCAAAUUUGUUCCAUAUAAUUGUAUUUAAACUGAUUUAAUUGAUGUCAUCCAGGAUCAGAUAUGGAGUGUGUUUCAACAUAUUGUUUAGCUUGUUCUCAUGUGAAUAAUAUGAACAAACUAAAUUAAAGCCCAGCCCUGAUCAGUUCUCCUCAGUGUAAGCUCAUGGCUAGAACUAAAACAGCAAGUCAGAGGGUAUUAAGCCUCAAAUAAUUCUCCUUGAACUCUACCAACUUUUUAAUGCGGUGGGAGGGUGUGGACACAGAGCAGGUCACCUGCUGGGCCUUUGUGUCCUUGGAGAUCCCCUGUCAUCGGACAAGAUGGAUGUUCAUACGGAGGUUCCAAACCUUGAACAAAUCAUGAUUACCCUCCCACCACCUCCCACUCCCUACCCCUCAUUUAAAAGCUAACAUACUGACUUCUCCUUUCUCUGAAAGCUUAAAAAUACAACUUAAGAAUGUUUAUAAUACAGGCUAUCCUCUGUUUUCUCAGUUCCACAUGUUUUUGCUAGACUACGCCCCCUUUUCUGUGUUCUGAUCAAGGGUAACUCAAUGUCACCGUAAAUUAGAACUAUUCAACACGUUACGACAAAUGCUAGGUUUUUUUUAAAAAAGAGCAUAUCUAUAGAUUUUAAUUUAUACAAAUGUAUGGGAGCAAAAUGUCAAACUAAUAUGUUGAGUACCAGAGAAGGUGGACCAAGGGACAGGGAAUGUUAGAUCAUCUAAUUAUAACUGUUUCAGGCUUGCGUUCAGGUCUGACUUUCAGCAUCCUCACUUGUCGGCUGACUCUUGGAGAGCUGGUCUCCAGACCAUUCUCUCUUUGAUAUUCCCUGGUGAAAUAUUUGCAUUUUACUAUGCUUUUUAUGGACUAGACCAUCCUACGCAAAUUUGUGACGCUGGUGCUGGGAAUCCCAGGUUCCUCAGAAGUGGCUUUAAUUUUACAUCUCAUACUCCACUGCUUCUGGGCAGCUAGGUCCUCCUGCUGGGGGGUCUGGUGGUUUGUCUGCCUCCAGUUAUUCUGAAAUGCUGAAUGUUGAACGCAAGGCCCAGGAACACGUGUUUGUUUUGGUCACCUUUGCUUUUUAACAAUGCUUUUUGUUUUAGACUCAGCAAAUAAUUCAGGCUGUAUUAGUUUCAGAUGAUAGGUAGCUGGAGGCCAGGGUUUUCGUCCUAAUGAUUAAUAUUCUUCUCUUCUCUCACUGAAAACAGUGGGGAUGCUCUGUGCCUUUCGGAUGCAGUCCAACGAUGCUGUGGUUUGGUUCACAGAAGCACAUGAUGUGGCUUAUUUAUAACUUGAUAAACUUAAGAUAGAGCAGUUUACCUUGGCAGACAUACAAAAGCUUAUUCUUGGGCAAUUAAUUAUUUUUAAGCUGAUGUUAUGAAAAUAAAUAUGUAUCUGAAAAAUCUGUAAUAAAAAUAUUGGAAAUUAAAAA